GCCGCUUUCCAGUUUACCUCGUUAAAUCUGCAAAUGGCACAAGAUUAUUUUAAUAAUUUAAAUCCAUUAGCUCAGCGUAUUGCAUCUGAUAUAACCACUACAAAAUCAUCAUAUGGCACGCUCUGGUAUACUUUGAAAGCAACUCAACAAAAUGAGAUCAUUAACGAAACUCUAAUAACACCGGAAAUUUCUUUGAAGUACUUGGAAAAUAUGUCUCUGUCUGCUUCAUCGUUAUCAUCAAAUUCAUCUUCGUCUAUCUCAUCUUGUGCUAGUUUAAGUACAACAAGUGUCAAACAUAUUUUGCCGUCGUCUUCAAAGAGCAGAGGACAAAAUUAUUCGCCCAGUGUCAAUAAUAGUAAAUAAUAGUAUAUAUAAUCGAAUUCGUUAACUGAUAAUAUUAAUUUGCAGACUCAAAAUUUAUUGUCCAACACUUUGGUUGCACGCGCUAAACACACAAUACAAUCACAUCAACUUGGAAAAUUAAAACCUCCAUCGUCUCCACCGCCACUUCCUCCAACUACAACCAAAAAAUUGACGAAAACCGAAAAUGCUAAAAAAACAAAUUGAAAACAAAUCAAGUAAAGGCUACCAAUGAGAAAAUGAAUUAUAUUUAUGAUGGAAUCAACCUCCAUACAUAUACCGCUCAGAAAGUGGCUCUAAAAAUUAUUUAUGAUGAUGUAUUAGGGGCAUACCGCGAUGAACAUUCGCAACCUUUCAGUUAUCGCACAAAAUCACAGAUUGAUCUACAGAAGCAGUAUUAUGAAGCUGAUUUGGAUGACAUAAAUCUGAACACUAAUUUUGAUUAUAAAUGCCCUACUUCAAACGAGCCGAGAAAUGGAAAUUUGGCUGAAAAUGUAGCUCUAACUAAAAACUCUGAACGCUUACAAAAGGAGUUAAAGAGCACCUUUAAUAAUCAUUUGGAGAUUUCUAGAAAAAAUAAACGACUAAUACCUAUAUCGCCAGAAGUAUUCAAGAUUCCACCUGCUAAGGCAACUCAAGCGCUUUCUUCACGAAAUUUUAAUAAGUGUAAAAAUAAAUCGAGCAAAUAUUUGUUGAAAGAAAAUGUUGAAAAGCAUACAUCCGAAGACUCAUUUUUACUCGACUUCAAACCCAAACAAUCAAAUUUGAAUUAUGCCGUAUAUACAGAUGUCUACUUUGAACAAUAUGGUCGCCUGGAUGCAGUGGCACGCAGAAGAAGAAGCUUCAGACCUGUCAGUACGCUGCACUCCGGACUAUCACGGGAUGCCUCUUGAUGUCUCCAAUCGAACACCUAAAUAGUGAGGCCCUUAUGCUUCCGGUUAAGGAACACAACGAACUCCUCUCCAAACAGUUUCUGCU